AUGGCUCGUACUCAAAAGAAUAAGGCCACGUCUUAUCACUUGGGUCAACUUAAAGCUAAGCUUGCAAAGUUGAAGCGUGAGCUCCUGAUUCCUUCAGCUGGCAGUGGCGGUGGUGGCGGUGUCGGUUUCGAUGUUGCCAAAACCGGUGUGGCUCGUGUUGGUUUUGUUGGUUUCCCUUCCGUCGGCAAAUCUACGCUCAUGUCUAAACUUACCGGCACUCACUCUGAAGUUGGUGCUUAUGAAUUCACAACCUUGACAACAGUGCCUGGUGUCAUUCAGCAUAAGGGUGCCAAGAUUCAGAUUCUUGAUCUUCCCGGUAUUAUCGAAGGUGCAAAGGAUGGCAAGGGUCGUGGUCGUCAAGUCAUUGCUGUCGCACGUACUUGCUCGCUCAUCUUCAUUGUGCUGGACGUAUUGAAGCCCAUGACGGACAAGCGCAUCAUUGAAAGAGAAUUGGAAGGAUUUGGUAUUCGAUUGAACAAGAAGCCACCAGCCAUCAUUUUCAAAAAGAAGGAAAAGGGCGGUAUCAACAUGACCAACACCGUUCCCUUAACACACAUUUCAGCCGAUGAAGUUAAGGCCGUACUCAGCGAAUACAGAAUUCACAAUGCCGAUAUCUCCUUCAAGGAAGAUUCUACAAUUGAUGACCUUAUUGACGUUGUCGAGGGCAACCGUAUUUAUAUCCCAUGUAUCUAUGUCCUCAACAAGAUUGACCAGAUCUCGAUCGAAGAACUUGACUUGAUCUACAAGAUCCCCAACGCUGUCCCUAUUUGUGCCAAUCACGAAUGGAACUUUGACGAGUUGAUGGAGACCAUGUGGGAGAAAUUGGAUCUUGUUCGUGUCUAUACCAAGCCCAAGGGUCAAGUGCCUGAUUACAAUGCUCCUGUUGUCUUGACAAAUGAAAAGUGUACAGUGGAAGAUUUCUGUAAUCAGAUUCACAAGGCUAUUUUGGAACAAUUCAAGUGUGCAUAUGUAUGGGGUACUUCUGUGAAGCAUAACCCACAAAAGGUCGGCAAGGAUCACGUUCUCAAGGAUGAAGAUGUGGUGCAGAUCGUUAAAAAGUAA